AUGUUUUCACUUUCUUGGCUCUAUCGCAAAUAUUGUGAAUUAUUAAUCAUUCUCGAUAUCAUUUGGUAUCAAAUACAACACAUUCCUUGGUUUUUCCGAAAUGAAUUUCAUGUCUUUCAAGACACGACCACGAAUCAUCAUGAAUUUCAUUCAUCGUCGUGUGUGAAAUUUUCAAAAACCACUCGAAUGUUGAACGUUGUGAGAAAUUUCAUGUUUCAUUGGGUUCGAGCUGUGUUUGGAGCUUCUCCACAAACAUCCAAAGACUCUGAAAAUAAUUUUAUUUUGAAUUAUGGAAUGAGAUAUGCGGAGCAACGAGAACGACAAACUUUGAAUGAAUACAUUCCGAUGAAAGUAAGGCAAGAAAAUUUGGCUGGAAAAAAAUUUGGAACAUGUCGAGUUGUGAUUUUCCUUCAUGGUGGAACGUGGCACAGUGGACAUGCAGAUCUCUAUCAUAACUUUUCCAAAUUCGUAUGUCAAAAAAAUGGCUAUUUAUGCUACAACUUGAAUUACACAUUAUUUCCAAAAGGUCAUUUAGAAGAAAUGAUUGAAGAUGUCGAUCGAGGAAUUGAUUUUGUCAUGAAACGUGCCAAAUUACUGAUAGAAGAACCAGAAUUUGUUCUCGUUGGACACUCUGCAGGUGCUCACUUAUUUUCCUGUGUGUUCAUGAAUAAGAUUUCUAAAUCCAUUGAAUAUGAAUCCACCGAUUGGAAUAUUCAUCAAGUGAAAAAACUUGUAUUGCUGUGUGGAGUGUAUGACAUGGUAACUCAUUACGAAUAUGAAAAGAAGAGACAAGUUCAUAUCAUUUCACCCAUGUGGAAAGUGUGUAAAGGAACUCAAAGAUUUUCACAAUUUUCUCCUUCCGUAAUUAUUGAUUUUUUAAAAAAGGAAAAAGGUGAUCAAGACUUGAAAAUUUUAUUUUCACAAUGGCCACACACUGUCAUUGCUCAUGGAAAGAAGGAUAUUACCUGUCCCUACAUACAGUCGGAAUCUUUUUAUCAGAAACUUUCAGAUUUAUCUAAAAAUGUGCAAUUUUACCUUCUCGAAUCGUUCUAUCAUGGAGAUUUAAUUACAAAUUUUAUGGGAAUUGAGAAUGAUACUGAAAAGAGAGAUCAAAUUUGGAAUUUAAUAAUUUCACAAGUUGAAACUGAAUAA